UGUGAUGAAAUGCAUCUUCCAAGAACUAUAAAGGACCUUCGCGAAAUUUCCUCAAUUCUUGACUUUUUAGAAACUGUUCGUCUAAAAAAAGCAGCAAGUGAUGCUGAACAAUCAGACGCCCUUCCCCUAUUAAAGCAUUUAGUCGAUAAAUAUAUAGAUUGUGAUUUGUUAUCGCAAUUUAUUAAGGACCAAAUAAGCCUAUCGAAUGUGCAAAAAAAUCAAAGGCGCUACCCUUCCAAUCUAAUGGUUUUUGCUGCUCUUCUCAAUUCAAUUUCACCCCAUGCCUACCGUUUUCUUAGGAACUCAGGUAGUGUAAUUCUUCCACAUCCAACAACAAUAAGGCAGCUUACAUCUAAUCUUAACAUAAAUCCCGCAGAAGAACAACAUGAUGCUUCAUUUUUAAAAUUUAUUACAGAAAAGUUCAAGCAGCUAAAAAGCGAAGAAAAUGUUGUAGUCGUAACCAUGGAUGAAAUACACAUAAAACCGUAUUUUGAGUAUAAAGGUGGGAAUUUGAUCGGCAUGGCAUAUGAUAGUGAGCAUGCUGCAACCAGUGCACACACAUUUAUGGUUCAGAGUAUUUUAUCUGACUUUAAAGAGGUUGUGCACAUAUUGCCUGUCAAAACCAUAUCUGCAGAAAAACUGCAUAUCAUACUUAAAAAAAUUAUAUUAGGGCUAGAAGAGAUAGGUUUUUGUGUAAUUGCAGUGUCUAGUGACAAUAAUUCAAUUAAUAGGAAGACAAUGUCUUUAUUUGUUGACCCUCCAAAUUUACAAACACAAUAUCCUCAUCCUGCUAAUCCAGAUAGACCUCUCUUUUAUGUUAUUGAUGUAGUUCACAUUUUUAAAUGCAUACGUAAUAAUUGGUUGAACCAGAAAAACCCAGGUCAGUGCAUGUUUUUCCCUAACUUUAAAGAUAUCAAUAACUUUGUGAUUAAAGAACUUGAAACUGCCUCCUUUGGCACUUUAAAAAAACUUCAUGAGCUUGAAUAUGUAAAUUUAGUGAAAUUUGGUCAUGGUUUGACACUUAAGUCAUUAAAUCCAACUAAUAUAGAAAGACAGAAUGUUAAACUAGUCUUAAAUAUCUUCAACGAAUUUGUUAUAGAAGCAUUAAAUACUUUAGGGGAAAAGCAUGCAUUACCACAUUUUCAGGGAACUGCAAUGUUUAUUGAAAUAAUUUUGAAAUGGUGGUGGGUAGUUAAUGUAAAAACACCCAACAAAGGUAAUCGCCUAAAAAAUUCUUUUAUGUAUCCACUAAUUGAUGCAGAAAAUGAUGAAAGGGUUUCUUUUCUGAAAGAUUUUUUACAAUGGCUUGACAUAUGGUAA